CUCGAUCCAAUAAUCUUUUAUAACCAGAAUAAAUGCUUUUACAACCAGGCCAAAUAAUCGAAACCACUGGAGAUAAUGUGGUGGGACUAUGGCAACCUUCUAUUGUGAAAGUCCAAGAACAACUAUUUGUGAUAGGUGGUGGUGGAGCUUUGAUAGAUAAUUUACGCGUUUUAGAUCUUUUGAAAAUGCAAUGGAAAACCAUUAUUGUCAAGGGAAAAGAACCACCUAGAGUAUACGGACACACAGCAACCCUCUGGGACAAUUCUAUUGUUGUCUUUGGCGGAUGUGAUGCUUCUGGAAAUUAUAGCAAUGCUAUCCAUAUUUACGAUAUCCAGAAACAAGCUUGGUCUCAACCAGAUAUCGAUGGUACGACGCAUGCACGCUACUUGCAUAGUGCAUCUGUGUAUAACAACAAACUCUUUGUUUAUGGUGGAUUUGCAAAGAACAAGGACUGCACCUAUGUCCUCAAUGAAUUAAACGUACUGGAUUUACUCAGUUUCAGCUGGUCAAAAUACGAGAAUGUGAUGCCACGAUACAAUCAUUCAUCCACUCUGAUGGGACAUAAAUUGUAUAUUUAUGGCGGUAAAGAUGUUUGUGGAGACACGACGUCUGACCUUUAUGUGAUUGAUCUAAGUAUCUCACCUUAUACAUCGCGAUUCAUGUUGAAGAGUGAUGGUAUGAUGUUGCUUAAGAGCAAGCAUUUUUCGGUCUCGGUCGACGGAAAAUUACUCGUGUUUGGUAAAUACCAUCCUGAUUCCAUGUAUGGUUUAUGGAUGCUAGAUUUCAACACCCUUCAAUGGACGAAACAGGCUACAGACACACAUUAUUUUGAUACGGGAGCAUGGAAUUAUUUUACAGCCUUGAAGGAUUCUAGCUUGGUUUUUGUGGGAAAUAGAGACGACGUUCGACCUCUAGGUCAUGACCACUUUAGAGAUGUUUUGGUCUUGGAUAGUAAAUCCUUGGAAAUUCCUGAUGUUAAUAAAACAUUAGAAGUGUCUCGAUUAUGAUUGUACACACAUAUUAGCGAGAGCAUUUACCCGAGAAUAAAGACGGGGGAGAAGCUUUUUAGCUUAAUAUAGUUAUGACAUGGUAACGCAAUGCAUUGAUGAUCAUUUAAGCAAGAAAGGACCCUUUGUUUUGAGACGGAGCAACGUAUCUUAAACAUCAUUUAAGAAGUAGAGACACUGUGAUAAUUUCUAAUACAUAAGAUCGUCUUUAAUGUCUACUAAUAAUAUGAUUGAGUUUAAUAUAGCC